AUGUCUGCAGUCACAGUCUCAAAUAUUUCCUCAAGCACUACUCAGGAGAAGCUUCAUGAAUUUUUCAGUUUCUGCGGCCAUAUCAAGUCAAUUGAUCUCAAACCCGAGGAAGAUUCGAGACAAUCCGCAGUUGUCACCUUUGAGAAACCUUCGUCUGCCGGUACAGCGCUCAUGCUCAAUGGCGGUACUCUAGAAGGUGAACAACUUCACAUCACCUCCGACGUGGAACACCACAAUCAUCAGGAGCAAUCGCAACGCUCAAGCUCACCUUUCGAACAGUCAGACAAGCCUAGAGCUGGAAUUGCCGCCGAAUAUCUGGCAAAGGGCUACAAACUUUCUGACCACAUCUUGCAGCGCGCCAUCGAAAUUGACAACAAGCAGGGGAUUUCCAAACGGUUUUUAGAUUAUAUGCGCGGCCUCGAUACAACAGUUGGACAGAAAGCUCUCGGCUCUGACCAAACGGUGUCCGGCAAAGUGCAAUCAACGCUGAAGGGUGCCCAUACCAGGGCGAAGACCAUCGACGAACAGAAAGGUUAUUCUAAGGUUGCCCACGAGUACUACUCAAAGGCGAUCUCAUCUCCCUUCGGAAAGUCUGUCCUCGACUUUUAUACUAAUACUUCAAAGCAAGUUCGCGACAUUCAUGAGGAGGCUCGUCGUAUGGCCGACCAACACCCAGCUGCCAGUUCGUCUGCGGGCAUUACCGCACAUGCUACCGGUACUGGCGCGGCCGGACCUGACACACAGCCUAGUCCCGCCACCCAAACCUCUCCCACCGUUGUUUGA